AUGAAAAACAGACUAGUGGCUCUUCGGGAUCUGCGGCUCUCGCUAGAAUCUAGCUCGGCCAAUGUGGAGAUUAAUCUUUCAAUCACGUUAGUACUUUGCUCGCUGGAGAGUAUCAUGGCCGACGACCCAACGGCAUGGUAUCUUCAUCUGAUGGGUGCUGCGGGGAUUAUCUCGUCUCGUACAUGUGUUGAAUCUGGGAUCGACGAAAUGAGCUCUUUAAAACUUCUUCAGUCUUUUGAAGAUGCCCACACAGGGCGCUGGCUUUUGCGUAAUUUUGCCUACCAUGACAUAUUGAUGGCGAUAGCUUUGGACAGGGAGCCGCUGCUUCCUUCACACCACUUUGUUCAGCUCGAAGAAGGUCCGGUAGUUGACUCUUAUUUUGGCCUGGCAUCCGAAAUUAUGAGUAUUCUUUACCAGAUUACUUGUCUGAACCAGCAAGUCAAAUCUCUGUAUAAAGGUGGUUCGACAUUCACUGAUAGUGAUGCACCACCACCAAAUUCAUACAGCCAAACUCAAGACCGCGGUGCUGUCUUUCCAAUUAUGGCCGACAUUAAACCCACUUUUGCAUCCCUCGAAAUUCUAUUGAAAACAUGGAACUGCCCGCCAUCCAAUGACGAAUCACUGGUUCUCCUCGCAGAAUCAUACCGCAGUUCAGCUCUCUUAUAUCUAUAUCGGGUUGUGCGUCGUGGGCUCCCAAAAUUGGAAGAAAGCCUAUCGUCCAAGAUUGCCAAUGAAGUGGCGGCAAUGGUGACCAACAUUGACAAGAUGCCUACACGGAGUUUACCGGAAUGUACAUUGCUUUUCCCACUCUUUCUUGUGGGUGGCGAGGCUACGAAGGAGACUCAUAUCAAAAGCAUUCGCUACAAAAUGCUUGAUAUGAUCGAGUCUCGCGGGUUCCGGAAUGUAGAAGUGGCGCUUUCAGUCUUAGAAAAGCUUUGGCGAUUGAAUCUAGAGAGGAAGACACCACAUGGCACAAACAUAAAGGUGGAUUGGCUGGAUAUUGUCCAGCAGGAUGGAGUAUUACUCUCUUUAUCAUAG